AACAGUCUGCUACAUUGUGGUCCUUCAAUUGCGAUCCACUCCAAUUGGGCCUGUUUAUGGAUCCCAAUAAUUUUAAAAGUCUCCGACUUUUCAUUAAUCACCGAUUAUCUUAGUAAAUCGGUUUAAGGCGAUAGAUACCGUUCCUCAGCCUAAGCUGACCGAGAAGCCGCGUGAUUUUAAACACAGGCGAGAUCCACUCCAGUUGGGCCUAAAAUUGGACUCUUUUUUUUUUGUAAUAAGUUUCCGAACUUAUUUUUUUUAAUAAGCCGACUUAUUUUUUUGUAAUAAGUCGGUCUCCGAUUUCAGGAGAAAAACAAAGAAGUUUCCAUGGACGAGAAGCCUCCUUCGCAUGACAUUUCAGCUUCUGAGGUUAAUGGAGUUGAUUCUCUCAAAGUCGAGGAAAAGAGAGAAGAGGAGAAUACACAGGCGGUAGAGAUCAAGUUAGGGCAGAACUUAGAGUCUGAAAAGGAAAAGCUUGAUGUGAUGGAGGAGGAAACUACUGCUCAGGCUGCAUCCCUGGAAGAUAUAGUUAGUGUUGACCAAAAGAUUCCCAAUGAAAAAGAGGUAGCUCGCGUUGCUGGUUUUCCAGAAAUUCCCUCUCAAGAUGAAAAGCCAUUGGAAGAGUUGCAAAUGGUUCAAGGAGCUAAAGACAUUUCAGAUGAAUUUGCAAAAGAAGACGUAGGUUUGAUAGUAGAUGCUAUGGGUAAUCAGGUAUUGAAGGAAACAGAGGAGGAAGAAGAAAAGCCUGGUGUUGUUACUGUAUUGGAGAUCCAAGCUAAGCUUCAAGAGGUGGAUGAUGUGGUUAAUGAGGUUUCAGAAAAAAACGAGGCUUCGGUGAGUGAAUCAUCUGCUGGUAAAGAAACUGUUAUGGAUGAUGUCAUAGAAGACGUUGAGAAUGACCCAGAAGCUGGAAAUUCAGUGGACAUACAUGUACCAGAGGCUACAGAAGAAGUAGAAACAGAUGUUAAGUGUGCUGCUUGUAUAGAGGAAGAAGGCGAUGGUAUAGAUGGUGUAAGAGACAUAGGGCAGACAAUUGAUUUGGAGGAAACCCGAGAAGUAUCUGAGGAACUUGCUAAAGCAGACGAAACAAAGAUUGCUGAAGUGUCUAAAGAAACGGAGACAAUGAUUGAAGAAGAGAAUGAGGAGAAAAAUGAUGACAUGACAGAUUUGGCCGAGGAUGUUGAAACCCAUAAAGACUCCUCAUCAACUCUUAUUGAAGAAGGAAGAGACGAUCAUGAAGAGAUGGGAAAAAAAGAAAUGAUAGAGACACAAGAGGAGGCUGUUGUGGGUAAAGUAGACGGAGCAAAAGUAGCUGAAAUGUCAGAAGAAACAGAGACAAGGAUGGAAGAUGAAGAUGAAGAGAAAGAUGAAGACAUAAAUGAUGUGGAAACGCAUGGAGGCUCCUCAGCAACUGAUAUUGAGGAGGGGAGUGAAAAUAAUGAUGAGGUAGAAAUGACAGACACACAAGAGAAGAGUGUUAUGGGUGAGACGGGGGAUGAAGAGCCAGAGGAAGUUGAGGAAGAAAAUAAGAGUGCUAAAGGAAAGAGGAAGAGGGUGAGAAAUACAAAGACAGUGAAAGGCACAGGAAAGAAGAAAGAAGAAGAUGUUUGCUUUAUGUGCUUUGAUGGGGGUGACCUUGUCCUUUGUGACCGCAGGGGAUGCCCAAAAGCCUACCACCCUUCUUGUGUAGAUCGAGAUGAAGCUUUCUUCCGUUCAAAGGGAAAAUGGAACUGUGGAUGGCACCUGUGUAGCAAAUGCGAGAAAACUGCGACAUACUUGUGUUAUACAUGUAUGUUUUCAUUAUGCAAAGGCUGCGCCAAGGAUGCUGUCUUCUUUUGCAUACGAGGAAAUAAGGGUUUGUGUGAGACAUGCAUGGAGACAGUCAAGUUGAUAGAAAAAAAGGAGCAGGAAAAGGAACCGGCGCAGUUGGAUUUUGAUGACAAGACCAGCUGGGAAUAUCUCUUUAAGGAUUACUGGCUUGAUUUGAAAUCCCAACUAUCUUUAAGUCCAGAGGAACUUGAUCAGGCUAAGAGCCCACAGAAAGGAAAUGAGUCACAUUCUGGUAAACAAGGAAUAACCAGGGAGACUGAUUACGUUACUGAUGGAGGAUCAAAUUCAGAUAGCUCUCCAAAAAAGAGGAAGACCAGAAGUCGAUCAAAGUCUAGUUCUGCUGAGAAAAUCCUGUCACCAGCUAAUAAAAGCUCGUCAGGUGAAACUAUGGAGUGGGCUUCCAAGGAACUUUUGGAUGUAGUCGCACACAUGAGACGUGGUGACAGAUCUUUCUUACCUCAUUCAGAAGUACAUGCGCUCCUGCUGGAUUAUAUAAAAAGAUACAAUCUUCGUGAUCCCCGUCGUAAAAGCCAAGUUAUUUGCGACUCCAGGCUUCAGAAUUUGUUUGGAAAAUCUCAUGUUGGGCACUUUGAGAUGUUAAAUCUCCUUGAUACCCAUUUCCUGGACAAGGAGCAACAGCAAGUAGAUGAUAUUCAAGGUAGCAUUGAUGAUACAGAACCUGAUUAUGUGGAUGUUGAUGAAAACUUCGACCAUCCUGUGAAAAGUGGCAAGGAGAAGAAACGUAAAACACGUAAAAAAAGUGUCAGGAAAGGGUGUCAAUCUAAUCUUGAUGAUUUUGCUGCUAUUGAUAUGCACAACAUUAAUUUAAUAUACCUAAGGCGGAGCUUGGUGGAAGAUCUACUUGGAGAUUCUACAACAUUCGAAGAAAAAGUAGCUAGUGCAUUUGUUAGGUUAAAGAUACCUGGAGUUCAAAAGCAAGAUUUAUAUCGACUGGUUCAAGUUAUUGGUACACCCAAAGCUCCUGAGCCCUAUAAAGUUGGGAAGAAAACAACCGAUUUCGAACUUGAGAUAUUGAACUUGGACAAAAAAGAAGUGAUAUCCAUUGACGUUAUAUCAAAUCAAGAUUUCACUGAGGAUGAAUGCAUGCGUCUAAAGCAGAGCAUAAAAUGUGGAUUAAUCAACAGGCUGACAGUGGGUGAUAUACAAGAAAAGGCCAUAGCGCUGCAGGAAGUGAGAGUAAAAAACUUGCUGGAAGCAGAGAUCCUACGUUUCAGUCAUUUGCGUGAUAGGGCUAGUGACAUGGGCCGCAGAAAAGAGCUGCGAGAAUGUAUCGAGAAACUGCAAAAGCUGAAGUCUCCAGAGGAACGGCAACGCAGGCUAGAAGAAAUUCCAGGAAUACAUGUUGAUCCCAAAAUGGAUCCAGAUUGUGAGUCCGAAGAUGAAGAUGAAAAAGAAGAAAAAGAAAAAGAGAAAAAUAUGAGGCCGCGAAGUAGUAGCUUCAACAGAAGAGGAAGAGACCCGAUAUCUCCACGAAGGGGAGGAUUUAGGUCCAAUGAAUCAUGGACUAGCACAAGUAACUUCUCAAACAAUCGGGAACUAAGCAGAAGUUAUUCGGGUAGAGGCUCUACUGGCAGAGGAGAUUAUCUUGGUAGUUUUGAAGAAAAUGUUAGUGAAAAUAUGUGGACUUCAGGUAGAGAAAGAGAAAGAGAAAUGCCACAAUCUCUAGGCUCUGAGAAGCCGAGAUCUGUUUCUACUCCUGAACCUGCUCCUAGAAGUUCUCGUGCUAUUGUGCAACCAGAAUUGUCUCCUCGGAUUGUCCCUGAAAUUUUAACGGCACCUCCUGUUGUUGUUCCGCAGCCUGCUCCCAUGUCAAAUGAGUCAGAGAAAAUGUGGCAUUACAAGGACCCAUCUGGUAAAGUUCAAGGACCUUUCUCCAUGGCGCAACUCCGUAAAUGGAACAACACUGGCUAUUUCCCUGCUAAGUUGGAAAUCUGGAAAGCAACGGAGUCACCAUUGGACUCUAUUCUCCUAACUGAUGCAUUGGCUGGAUUGUUUCAGAAGCAAACCCUGCCGGUGGAUAAUAGCUAUGUGAAAUCUCAGGUUACAGCUUAUUCUGGUCAACCAAGCCAAACUGCUCCAUCAAUCCUUGAUAUUCCCAGGAAUUCCCAGGAUACUUGGAGUUCAAGUGGUAGCCUUCCAUCGCCUACUCCAAAUCAAAUCACAACUCCAACUGCGAAAAGGCAAAAUUUUGAGAGCAGGUGGUCUCCAACCAAGCCAUCUGCACAGUCAGCUGUUGAGUCGAUAAAUAUGUCUUUAGCACAAUCUGGCCCGAGUCAAGCUUCUAGGACAGAUAUUCCUGUGGUAGUAAACUCUGCUGGUGCACUGCAGCCUAGUACACACCUUAUUCAUGGGACAGAUAUAACUAACCCUUCUUCUGUUAAUCACUACGGUUCUGCUCCCACUCUUCCAUCUCCAACACCAGCAGGCGGAAAGCAAAGCUGGAGUAACAUAUCGACAGAUAAAUUUGAUUCUCAUGGUUGUGGAGGAAGUGAGGGUCCCUCUUCUUCUGCGUCUUAUGUCACCGCAACUCCAAGUAUUCUUCCCUCGCAAAGUCAACAAGGAUAUCCCCAAUCUGAUCUAUGGAGGAUUCGAAUUCCAAGCCAACCGAAUACUCAGUCUCAGGCACCAACUAAUAACGGAUCAUGGGGUAUGAACAACAGCCAAAAUGCAGGACAACCUCAAGCUCCUCCAGCAAAUCAAAAUACCGGCUGGGGUCAAGGGACUGCAAAUCCAAACAUGGGAUGGACUGGUCCUGUUCAAGCUGGAAUGAACGUUAACUGGGCUGCACCUUCUAUUCCGCCAACUGGUCAGGGAAUGCCUAACCCUGGCUGGGGCGGGCCUGUCCAAGGACAACCACAACCACAAGCUUAUUCAAACACUGGGUGGGGCCAAGCUCAAGUUCAAGCUCCAGGGCGCGCUACAGGCUCGGGAUGGAUGCAAACAGGUCAAGGGAUGCAGUCUGGGAACAGUAAUCAAAACUGGGGAACUCAAAAUCAGACAGCAAUUCCAAGCUGGGGAAGCCAACAUAACCAGAAUAGAGAUUCUGCUGGGUAUGGUUGGAACAAGCAGUCAAGUGGGCAAAAUAACUUCAAAGGGCAAAGAGUAUGCAAGUUCUAUCAAGAAAAUGGGCAUUGUAGGAAAGGAGCAUCCUGCAAUUACCUUCACAACUAAAUUAGUUUCUUUCUCUCUCUCCCUCUCUCUUACUGCUUUUGGAUGAUCUCUGCAUCCUAAAAAAACAGCUUUAGUCGUUUGAGCCAACUUGGUUUUAUGCACAAUAAUCUUUUGUUUAGAGCCUCUCACUCAGAAUUAGCUAACAUGUUUUCUUUAUUUUGGGUGGGUGGGGCUUAGGUCUUUAGUAUUAAAAUGUCGUGGUGAGAAGGAUAAAUACUCUUACAUAUAAUAUUUGCUAGGCCAACUAUAUAUGUUUGCAUCUUGAAACUUUCUUUUAAUAUUUGAGUCUCUU